AUAUUCUAGUUGUAUACAGAGAAUGGUGGACAUUGUGGAUAUUUUAGUGGAUUCUUUGUACCUUCUUAUAUGGCACAAGCUAUGUCGCAUUUUUUGUCUUUUGUCAAUACAUUUGCCAAAGAAUAAAUUUCAUUGGAUAAUCCAUUGUUGUUGACAAAUAAGAAUAGAAAUGGGAGAUAGCAUUCUCACUUAUAAUGGAGGUUGUGUUUUAGCCAUGGCUGGAGACAACUGUGUUGCUAUUGCUGCUGAUCGAAGAUUUGGUGUUCAACAAACAACGAUAGGUACAGACACUACUCGAAUAUUCAAAAUCAACGAUAGACUUAUGUUGGGUCUUACUGGGUUGCGUACCGAUGUAACUACGCUAUAUAACCGUUUUGUUCAACGACUCAAUUUGUAUCGCCUACGAGAAGAAAGAGAAAUCAAACCUGCAUCCUUUGCAAAUAUGGUGGCUUCCACUUUAUACAGUAGAAGAUUCUCUCCUUAUUUUGUGGAACCUGUUGUGGCUGGCUUAACUGAAAAGGGUGAACCCUAUCUAUGUGCUCAAGAUCUUUUGGGUGCACCUUUAUUUGCAGAAGAUUUUGUAGUGAGCGGUACCUGUGCAGAAAGUCUUUAUGGCACCAGUGAAACUUUUUGGAAACCCAAUCUCUCACCUGCAGAGCUGUUUGAAGUUACUAGUCAGUCUUUAUUAGCAGCAGUAGAUAGAGAUUGUCUUAGUGGUUGGGGUGCAAUAGUCCAUAUGAUUACCUUGAAUGGUAUUGAAACCAAAGUACUCAAAGCACGUAUGGAUUAGGAUUCUUGUUGAUUAUAUGAAAUGUUGGUUUUCAAAUGA